AUGCGGGCUCUCUCAUUAUUCACUUUGGCCACUUUGGCUGUGCCAGGAGUACUUUCAAUCGGCACAAAUGACCAAGUGGGUCCCAAUCUUGAUUAUGGAACAUUUCAAGACCCAUCCUCGGCUGUGAGGCCCCGCUUUCGGUACUGGGUGAACGAUGCCUCGAUGAAUCUGAGUGUUCUCGCAGAAGAUGUGAGAUCCAUUGGAAAAGCAGGUGCGGGAGGAAUUGAACUUCUUGGUUACUACCUGUAUGGUGAUAGUUCGGCUUAUGGUGGAGGAAAUGCUGCGCCAUUACAAACCGACUGGACUGUUUAUGGGUUUGGUGGUGCUCCCUGGAAGGAAAUGGUGGAUACUAUCCUUGAAGUUGCGAAGGAGGAUAAACUGGUCAUUGAUUUUGCCAACGGGCCGAACCAAGGAGCAGGUGUUCCGGCGCCUUAUAACAGUGAUGGUCUUCUGUGGGAUCUCGCUGCAUACAACUCAACAUUUUCGAGCACUAAAGGCUUCAAAGGCACCUUACCUGGGUGGGGAUCCGGUCGCUUCAUUGCAGCUACGACAGGUACUGUAAAGUCGAGCACUGCAUCAGAAGCGGUGCUUUAUGAAAGCUCUCUACAAGAUGUUACGAGCAAGGUGUCAUCGGAUGGAAGCCUGAAAAUAAAGGCAACUAGCAAAUCUGAAGGGACUGAGAGCCUUGUCUUUGCGUACUAUCUCAUUCACUCCCGUUAUCGUGAGGCUCCAGACCCCACCGAUCCAUCAAUUGCGACAGCCGUUCCACAAUCCCCGGUCACAACCUACUCUCAGAACGGUUCAUGGGUUGUCGAUCACUGGUCCGCUGCCGGAGCACAGACCGUGGCCAAUUUCUGGAAGGAGUCCAUAUUGGAUAGUGAGAUUGGACAGCUCCUUCGAGAGGUUGGAAACUAUCUUUGGGAGGAUAGCCAGGAGUACAGUGUUGCUACUUUCUGGACACCUGGUCUACAGAAGAAAUUUCUUUCCAACCGAGGAUAUAGUAUUAACAAAUAUAUACCACUCGUUGUGGGCUCUGGAGGAACCACGUCCAACAUCACAUACGUCACAGACGAGAGCGAUGCGGGUGCUAGCCAUAUCGUGGACUACCAGCAAACACUUACGGAGCUGAACGCCGAAUACCUCGACGCCUUAACCGAAUGGAGCAAUAACCUAGGAGUCCAAUUCUCAGCACAGGUUGUCUACAAUCUCCCCAUGGACAUGCUCGCCAAUGUUCCGCAUGUGAAUGCCCCCGAAUGCGAAACGCUCGGUUUCAGUGAGAACAUCGAUGGGUACAGGCAAUUUAGUGGGCCUGCAAACCUCGCCGGCAAACGCGUGAUCUCUAGCGAGGCUGGUGCAAUCUUUGGCGAGGCCUAUCAGGAACCAAUAUCCGAGAUCCUUUGGGCAUUCAAGCGCUCGUUUGCUGGAUCCGUCAAUAAUUUCAUUAUUCACGGGUUUCCAAACUCCGGCAAUUAUCCAAACACAUCCUGGCCUGGCUUUACGACUUUUAUGUAUGAAUUUUCGGCUAUGCAUGGACCACGUCAGCCUGCUUUUGCUUUCUACUCGGAUUUCCUGAACUGGGUCUCUCGAAAUCAAUUCAUUCUGCAGACCGGUAUUCCAAAGGUUGAUGUUGCAUUCUGGUCAAAGUCGACAACUUACAAGACUAUCUCGACUAGUUAUGCACCAAUGGAUUUGCAAGAAGCAGGGUACACUUACGAGUAUCUCAGCCCAGACAACUUUGCGCUCCCAGAAGCUUACGUAUCUGAUGCCACUUUUGCCCCGAAUCGACAGGCAUUCAAGGCGCUAGUUGUUAGGUCUAACGAGACUCUUACGGCCUUGGGUGUCGAAAAACUUGUUCAGUAUGCCCAUGCCGGUCUUCCAAUCAUUUUCCCAGGAGGACUGCCAUCGAACUUCAGUGGAUACGCUCCAGCUGCUGCGACCAAGGCUGUCCAGUCAUUAAACGGCAUUAAGUCUCUGAAGAAUGUUCACUUAGUCAAAGCAGAUGGCCUUGCGGAUACCCUUGAUUCUCUCAACAUCCUACCACGAAGUUCUGUUUCGGCCAACGGCACAUGGUAUACGUUGUGGAGAGAGGAUGCCACCAAUGCGAAGUCCUAUAUCUACGUAUACAAUGACGCUACAGGUCUCUCCUUCGAGGAAGGCAUGACAUCUGGGACCGUAUCGUUCGAAAAUACAGGUGUUCCAUUCUUUUAUGACGCAUGGUCGGGAGAAGUGACUCCAAUUUUUUCCUAUACUCAGUCCAAGACGCAUACAAUAAUCCCUCUCCAGUUAGCUGGUAACCAAACGGUCAUCAUCGGCUUCGAGAAGAAUGUCAGGUCAAAUGUUCACAUUCAAGACAUGACGAUCCCUGUUCUGCCUACGACAAGUGACUCCAACUCUCUCACUGUCCUCAGAUCCUUUGAUCAAAAGUCACGAGAAAUCACUCUCUCAACUGGAAAGAAAGUAUCACUGUCACCAAUGUCCACCAAGCCCUUCACUCUGGAUGAUUGGGAUUUGGAGAUCGAGUCCUGGACACCACUACCAGAUUUUUAUGACGCGGAAGGCGCAACUCGCACUAACCAAACAUUCCACAUCCCAAGCCUUAUCCCGUGGAACCAGAUCUCCCACACUUUGGUUAAUGUCUCAGGAAUUGGAUACUAUACCACUACAUUCACGUGGCCACCGGCAUCCUCAUCCAGCGUAUCGGGUGCUUUCAUUGAUCUUGGCUCAAUUACCCAUACGGCUCGUGUCAUGAUCAAUGGGCACCAAGUGCCGACGCUAGACAUUUCCUGGGCUAAAGCCGAUAUCGGAUCCUUCCUUCAGCACGGAAAGAACACCCUGGAGGUUGUUGUCAGCACGACGUUGGGUAAUGUGCUGCGGACGUAUUGGGAUAAGCUUGAAACGAGUGGGAAGCUUGCAUCAGUCGUUUUUGCUGACCCACCAGCGGAGGAGGAUUAUGGUCUGAUUUAUCCUGUGCAGGUUAUACCCUAUCGCGAAGACAAGGUCUUGUAA